AUGCAUCUUCAGACUGUUGCUGCCACGCUCCUCGUGGCCGGAGCUGCUGCUUCUCCCUACCGCCGCCAGACCUCCAACGAGACCUACUGCGAUGAAGACCUCCCCGAGACGACGAAGCCUACCUCCACCAAGGCUCACUUCCCUCCGUACCCCGUGAACACCACCAUCCCCGGUGUUCCCUCCAACCCGGGCGCCGGCGGUAACAGCCCUUCUUACCCGGGCAAGCCUUCCAACCCCGGUGCCGGCGGUAACAACCCUUCUUACCCCGGAAAGCCCUCCAACCCUGGUAACGGCGGUUCUCCCUCCAACCCGAGCAAGCCCACGACCGGUGGCAACUCGCCUUCCACCCCCAGCCAGGCUUCUACCGGUGGUGACUCUUCCAACUCCGGAAACACUGGCAACGGCGGUUCUCCCUCCAAGGGCGGCGACUCCGGCUCCCCGUCUUACCCCGGCAAGCCCUCCGCCCCGGGUGCUUCUACCCCGUCCACCCCCGGCGGCAGCGGCAGCGGCAACUCUCCCUCUUACCCCGGAAAGCCUUCCACUCCCAGCGAGGCUGCCACCAACCCCGGCGGCGAGUCUCCUGCCAACCCCGGUGCCGGUGGUAGCACCCCUUCGUACCCGGGCAAGCCCAUUACUCCCGGCUCUUCCUCUCGCCCCUGGGUCCCGUACCCCCAGAACACCUCCGUCGCCUCGGUCACUCCCUCAUUCACUACCAUCCCCGGCGUCGCUCUUCCCACCGUCCCCGUUCCCAGCACCACCGUUCCCGUCGGCAGCAACGACACCGCCACUGUCCCCGUUCCCAGCUCUACUGCCCCGGCUACCACCAUCCCCUACGGUGUUGCCAUCACCAAGUGCACUGUCGAGGGUGACUUUGCUCUCACCUUCGACGACGGCCCGUUCACUUACACCAACCACGUCCUCGACCUCCUUGCUGAGGCUGGUGCCAAGGCCACUUUCUUCGUCAACGGCAAGAACUUCGGCGACAUCACCCAGGAGACGGAUGUCGUCAAGCGCAUGAUCGCCGACGGUCACCAGAUCGGCUCUCACACCUUCAGCCACCCCGACCUCGCCACAUUGGGCGAUGCCGACAUCAUCCCUGAGAUGACCACUCUCGAGGAUGCUCUGAUCAACAUCAUCGGCAAAUACCCCACUUACAUGCGCCCUCCUUACUUCAGCUGGAACGACAACACUCUCUCCAUCCUCAAGGCUCUUGAGUACCACGUCAUCCACGCUGAUGUCGACUCCCUCGACUACGCCAACAACGCGCCCCUCGGCAACUUGACCAGUGUCGGUAUCUUCGAGGAGGGUGUCAACAAGGGUGGUUCUAUCGCCCUUGCCCACGAGGUUCACCAGAACACCGCUGAGUACCUCGUCCCCGAGUUCCUCCGCAUCAUCAAGGAGAAGGGUCUCAACGCCGUCACCGUCGGUGAGUGCCUCGGCGACCCGGAGGCCAACUGGUACAAGACCAAGCGCACUUCCACCCCCACCGCCACCGCCUCCAAGAUCGUCGUCUCCAUCACCAGCACUGCUACCCCCACCGGCGUCAUCGGCCCCGACGGUGCCUGCGGUGGCUCUGAGGGCUACGUCUGCGCGGCCGGCUUCUGCUGCUCCGAGUACGGCUUCUGCGGUUCUUCCACCGGCUACUGCGGUACCGGCUGCCAGCCUCUCUUCGGUGUCUGCGGUGCCGCUGGUGCUGCCCCUGCUCCCUCCGGCGGCGAUGCCACCGGCACUGCCAGCGCUCCUGCUGCCACUCAGACCUCCGGUGGCGUCAGCCCCGACAGCUCUUGCGGUGGCGCCAACGCCUACACCUGCCCUGACAGCACUUGCUGCUCCGAGUACGGCUUCUGCGGCACCACCACCGCUCACUGCGGUACUGGCUGCCAGCCCCUGUUCGGCACUUGCUCUUAA